CUCCUCCUCCUCCUCUUCCUCUGGCCUCAAUAAGCAAAGAGAAGUUACCACAAGUUACUGGCAACUUCUCCGCUGCACCUUCUCCACUUUAAACACAGGCAGAGGACCGGUCCGACCCACCUGGAGGGAGCAAGUACACAGAGUAAUGUCAGUAUUAACACCGUACACUGCGGGUACAGAUAGUUUCAGGUGCCGGUAGUCGGUUAGUGUCGUGAAGAGGACUAACGUUACUCGCUGCUUUGCUUUCUCUCAGAACCGGCAGCCGAUAAGCCUCAAAAAGACGAGAUGCCUCACAAACACAAGUCCAAGUCCUGGACGGAGUUGAAACAAACUGGGAACGAUAGUUUCAAGGCGGGCCAGUAUGGAGAGGCCACCAAUUAUUACAGCCAGGCCAUCAAAGAGCUGGAGAAGUCCAAUAAAAAGAAUCCAGAAGAUUUGGGCAUUUUGUACUCAAACCGUGCAGCCAGCUACCUGAAAGACGGCAACUGUGCAGAGUGUGUGAAAGACUGCAACACGUCUCUGGAGUUGUACCCGUUCAAUGUGAAGUCCCUGCUGCGUCGUGCUGCUGCCUACGAGGCUCUGGAGCGUUACAGGCCGGCCUAUGUAGACUAUAAGACUGCUCUGCAGAUCGACUGCAACAUAGCAGCCGCUCACGAUGGCACCAACAGGAUGACAAAGGCGCUCACAGAGGCAGACGGUCUGUCGUGGAGAGAAAAGCUUCCUCCCAUCCCCACUGUUCCUCUGUCUGUUAGAGAGAAACUGGUCCAACGAGCUGCAGGCAACGCUGCACCACCAAACCCUACACCAAAACAGAACGGCACCAGACAAACAAACAAAUCUGCUCCCAGUGAAAAAGACAUGAAGAAAGGCCAAACCCUGAAAGAGGAAGGCAACGCCCUGGUGAAGAAAGGAGAGCACAAGAAGGCCAUAGAGAAGUACACCCAGAGCCUCAAACUCAACCCCACUGAGAUCACAACCUACACCAACCGGGCGCUGUGUUACCUGUCAGUGAAGCAGUACAAAGACGCUGUCAGAGACUGUGACGAGGCCCUGAUGAUUGACAGCAGCAACGUCAAGGCUCUCUACAGGAGGGCUCAGGCUCACAAAGAGCUCAAGAACAUCAAAGCCUGUGAGGACGAUCUGAACAGCCUGCUCAAAGUGGAACCAAAGAACUCUGCCGCCCUGAAGCUGCUGCAGGAGGUGCAGAAGAAGAAAUGACGACACAUCAGGGACUCUGGAGGCAGCGGUAAGGAUCUGUCACUGCAUUGCGUACAGAAAGGAGAGGACGACGAAUCACUGAUGCUUUUAUAAGAAAAUUUAAACAAAAACAGCCGAGCAGUGACACGAUUCAGCCGCUUUAAGUCAAACACUUGACCUGUGUUUCCCAAAAGCUUCAUCCACACCGGACAUGUGUUUGAUCUGCUUACUGUCGCUGGGACAAACGUGAGCUUGGUCUCGAGACGCUUCUGGAAAACGCAGCUCCGGUUUAUGAGAACUGAGGCGCCUUGGCCAUGUUUGUAUUUUACCAGUUCAAGUCACUUAGUAUUUAUGUUUAUUUAUAAGAGGUGAAAUUACUGACACGCAUCAUAGUUCUAGCUGAGAAUGAACCUUUACCGUCGUCAUUUGUUAAACUUCAGCAGGUAAUCAGCCAUCAUGUCGAGCUCCGAAACCUAGAUGUGUUAACAUGACAAGCUUGUUCUGCUAUCACAUGACAUUAGGUCAUGUGAUCCAGCUCCACUGACAAGUUUAUGGCUUAAAAAUGUUCUGACAUUAGAACGGAAUAAAAAAGAUGAGGUAAUUAGUUGCAACUCAUUAGGUUUCAAAUAGGAGUGGGUGAUAUAGCAAUCUGUCAUGGUAUAUAUUGAUCAAAAUGUAUUGUGAUACAGUCAGGGUUAGGAAAAUAAAUUGAUAAAGGCCUAAUACAAGUACAGAAUUAUUUCUUCUGUUAGUACUGUCUUGUUGAGCACCUUGUAUUGUCAUUUUGCACAAAAGGUGCUAUAUAAAUAAAGUUUAUAAAGAAAACAUUUUACCUGUUGAGACGUUUACAUCGUCCCAUGGUUUACGUCAUAUUUAGCAGCUCAGGUUCUCGUUGCAGUCAAGGUAAUCGUUUGUUAUUGCCAAUAAUCAUAUUCUGGAAACUCAAGAUGACAUUUUCAAGUUGCUAGUUUUGUCUGACAAUCCAAAGAUAUAAUUUAACUAGCGCAUAAAACAAACAUCUUCAAAUGAUAUUUUACAGAAUGUCGUGCAGUGAAAAUAACACAAUCAGUGGAACUGGCAAACAACCUAAAAACAGUGAUAACAGCCUCUCAGCUUAUAGUUAAUCUGCUCCUUAUCGCAUCAAAGCUUAAACUGUGUGUACACCAGGUCUGAAGGACGCGUGAGGUACCCACAUUUCAUGAAUAUCAGUUUGUGUGUGGCAAAAGGCGUACACAUGGUUUUUAUGCACACACAUCAUUAAUGCACCUGGUCCCUAGUGUAGGAUGUAGCGGUAUCUAGUGGUGAAGCUGCAGAUUGCAACCAACUGAAACGUCUACCGUGUGCCAAGCGUGUGGGAGAACUAUGGUGGCCGAUGUGAAAACAAGAAAACAUCUUGAGCCACUGUUUGUCUGUUCUGGUCUGCUGCAGAACAUGGCGGACUCCAUAGACGAACAUAACGAAACAUAAACAGCUUAUUCGAAGGUAAAAACACAGUGAUUAUUAUUUUCAGGUGAUCAUACACUAAAGAAAACCUAGUUAUGAAUAUUAAAGUCCAUUUCUCCCUCACAUCAAAAUCCAA